AUGCCUGACCCGGGGCCUGGCCCCCCACCGGUCCCCCUGGCGGGGUUCGGCGAGGUCAGGCAUCACCGCGGCCUGCGAGGGUGGCAGACCCGGGGGAAGGCCUGGAUCGGCCUGCAUGCGUCUGCGCUUGGCUUCAUCGGACUGAAGAGCUUCCAGCUUCCUCUUUUGCUCCUCGGUAAGGCUGGCCUCUUGCAUGCCCAAUGCCUGCAGGACAGAUUCCAGCGUAAACUUUUCUUCAGCAAGCGCGAGAGCGUUACCCAGUGGGUGUCCUUCAUGCAAACGAAUUCGCCCGGAGCCCCUUUGGGGCGAGACAUUGUCUCUCGGGCAGUCGGUCACCCUGCUACGGCAAAACCACAGCUCAAAAGCUGGGAAGUGGUGCACCCACAGGCCAUCUACAGGGAACUAUGUUACAGCUACUCAUCAGGAAGAAGUUUGCGACCACAGCCCUAG